CAGUACUACCUUCUAGACUCAUAAUUGCUGUCGACCGCCAACAAAUUGGCUAUCAGUCAGGUCGCGCUGGGAGUUGUUCUGCAAUACGCACGCGCUCGUCUUCAGGUGAAAUGGCUCUGCGGCCCGACUCGUCGGGUCUACAGCAGACCCCUUCUGAACGCUACCAUGACGUGCCACCAGAAGCAUAUCAUUCGCAAUAUGGCCACGCUCCAGAAGUAGCGCCGCAGGAGAGCUAUGCGUAUGCUCUUUCGUCCCGAGAUACCCUUCCACUACAACAACACCAAUACCAGAGCCAAGACCAAUACAGUCGGUAUCAAUACACUGAAAUCUCGGGUCAAGCUGCGCCACACAGAGCAGAGCUACCUAACACUUUGGGGUUAGAGUCUGCUACUUAUGCUAAAGACGGUCCGGUCCAUGAGAUAUCUGCGAAGCAGGACGACACGCCUGGGCUAUAUGGUACUCUACCUCCGAGAACAUAUUGCGGUCUUAAGAAACGGACGCUCAUCAUCGUGACUGUACUUGUGAUAGUGGUCGUUGUGGGUGCUGUCGUGGGUGCCGUAGCUGGAGUCUUGUCAUCGCGAGGGAAGGACCCAGGCUCAGAAUCUAACAGCGGAAACGGUCAAUCUGGCGCAGGGACUCCGAACAGCACGGCUCUCAAGCCCGGGGACAGUUUCCGAGCCCUAGCAGCGACCUCCUGUGGAGGUGGUGAUGAUGCCCCUGCGAAUGUGUACCUCACGUAUCAGGACAAAGACGGUGGAAUUAAUAUUAAUUCAUCACCAGAACGCUUGGGAGGAGAUUGGCAGGAAUGGGAAAACAUCGUCAACGGCGAUCAGGUAAAGGCAAACACGCCCUUGUCCGUGACAUGCUGGACAAACGAUCAGAUCCACAUACGGAUCACCUAUGUGCGAGCGUUAGAUUCUGCUCUCACACAGGCGCGGGCAGAGUGUAAUCUGGACGAUUCCGGAUGCCAAUGGACUCUGGACGAAGCGUCCGAAGACGUUAAACUCCCAAAUGCGAAGCAGUUCGGAAUGAACUAUCAGGCUGUUGAUGGAACAGUAAAUGAUACAUUACAGCUGUACACCAUCUUAGACAACAGGCCGGCCCUCAUCGGAAACGAUUCAUCUGGCCUUUGGCUUGUCCCUCAACAAUUCACCUCAGACGACGCAGAAACGAGUGACGACUCACCAAUUGCGGCAGCUGCCACCGAUCUUGAGUCCCAUGCGUUUUGGUUUAACACGGACGGAGGACUGCGCACAAACAACGCUGAGAAUGCGGACGGCUCUGGGACCAUCGCAUAUCUCACGGACAAGACGUUCACGGACGAACCGCAGAUUGAGAGCGUUCCAGGGUCUCUAACCGCCUUCUGGGACUCUUCACAGUCUGCGUUCAAGAUAUACUGGCUGGAAGAUGAACAUCCUGUCGAGCUCACAGAGCCCUGGGGUGAUGUUAACGGUGCUCAGGCCUCGAAGACGAGUGACGAUGCUUGGAUGGCACCAGACGCUGCUGUUGGACCUGUUGCAGCCACAUAUGGAAAUGGCACUGCAAGACUGUUCUAUCUGGUGUCCGGUCAGAUUGCGGAGUUUGUUCGACACAACGGCACCUGGAGUAAGAACGACAAUCUACCGAGUACGUCGUAUACUUGAACUGGAAGGGGAAUGUCAAGUCGAUAUUACGAUAAGCAAUCUUUAGAGUCAGGUGACUCUAGUGACUACGAUUUCCUACGACCUUGAGAACACUUCCGUAACUACGAUACACCCACCAUGCCACGCCCGUCUUUCAACCUAACCCCAAUCCUAAGAACAUAUCAAACGCCGUAUAAAGGAUGUCAGUGUAUAUGCAUGAGCUUCGAUACCCUCAGGAUCCUCUU